AUGAAGUGCUCAGCUGCAAAACUAAUUGGAGUAGCCACACUCUGCUGGUUCUACCCCUUAUGGACAGGACGACUCACCUCAGGAGAACGCAAGCUCUCAGGGAAGGAUCCCAGAGGGGAUCAAAUUUCCCAGGCUGAACAAACAACACCCUUAAGAAAGCUGGGGUGGCGGCCGGGCCCGCCGGAGCCUCCUCCAAGAUGGCGAGUGGUGGCAGCGGGGGGGGGGGGGGGUGUCUCGGUCCCUAUGCUCUGGGCUAAAGUGAGUUAUGGCCAGAACGGUGACUUCACAUACGCCCUCAAUACCAUCAAUAAGAUAUUGCAGAUCAACAAAGAUGACGUAACUGCCCUCCACUGUAAAGUAGUUUGCCUUAUUCAGAAUGGAGGUUUCAAGGAAGCCUUGAACGUCAUUAAUACUCACACCAAAGUGUUAGCCAAUAACUCACUUUCUUUUGAGAAGGCCUAUUGUGAGUACAGGCUGAACAGAAUUGAAAAUGCCUUGAAGACAAUAGAGAGUGCCCACCAGCAGACAGACAAACUAAAGGAGCUUUAUGGACAAGUGUUAUAUCGAUUAGAGCACUAUGAUGAAUGCCUAGCUGUCUAUAGAAAUCUUGUCCGAAACUCCCAAGAUGAUUAUGAUGAAGAGAGAAAAACAAACCUUUCAGUGGUUUAUGCAGCCCAAAGCAAUUGGGAAAAAGUGGUUCCAGAGAACUUGGGUCUUCAAGAAGGCACACAUGAACUGUGCUACAAUACUGCAUGUGCACUCAUAGGACAAGGCCAGCUGAACCAAGCAAUGAAAAUCCUACAAAAAGCUGAAGAUCUUUGUCGCCGUUCAUUAUCAGAAGACUCUGAUGGGACUGAAGAUGACCCCCAGGCAGAACUAGCCAUCAUUCAUGGGCAGAUGGCCUACAUUCUGCAGCUUCAAGGUUGUACUGAGGAGGCUUUGCAAUUGUACAAUCAAAUAAUAAAGCUGAAGCCAACAGAUAUAGGAUUGCUCGCUGUGAUUGCAAACAACAUCAUUACCAUAAACAAGGACCAAAAUGUCUUUGAUUCCAAGAAGAAGGUGAAAUUAACCAAUGUGGAAGGAGUAGAGUAUAAGCUUUCCAAGAAACAGCUACAGGCUAUAGAAUUUAACAAAGCCUUACUUGCAAUGUACACUAAUCAGGCAGAUCAGUGUUGCAAAAUAUCCGGUAGUUUACAGUCACAAAGUCCUGAGCACCUCCUGCCUGUUUUAAUCCAAGCUGCCCAACUCUGCUGUGAAAAACAGCACUCAAAAGCAAUAGAAUUUCUUCAAGAAUUUUCAGAUCAGCACCCAGAAAAUGCUGCUGAAAUUAAACUGACCAUGGCACAGUUGAAAAUUUCUCAAGGUAAUAUUUCCAAAGCAUGUCUAAUAUUAAGAAGCAUAGAAGAGUUAAAGCAUAAACCAGGCAUGGUGUCUGCACUAGUGACCAUGUAUAGCCAUGAAGAAGAUAUUGAUAGUGCCAUAGAAGUCUUCACACAAGCUAUCCAGUGGUAUCAAAACCAUCAGCCCAAAUCUCCGGCUCAUUUGUCUUUGAUAAGAGAAGCUGCAAAUUUCAAACUCAAAUAUGGGUGGAAAAAGGAGGCAAUUAGUGAUCUUGAACAGCUAUGGAAACAAAACCCAAAAGAUAUUCACACUCUGGCACAGCUUAUUUCCGCUUACUUACUUGUAGAUCCUGAGAAAGCAAAAUCUCUUAGUAAACAUUUGCCCUCGUCAGAUAGUAUGUCUCUGAAAGUUGAUGUUGAGGCGCUUGAAAAUUCUCCUGGUGCUACAUAUAUUUGGAAGAAAGGUGGAAAAGUUGCUGGAGAUAGUCAACCAAAGGAACAAGGGCAGGGAGAUUUGAAAAAGAAGAAAAAGAAAAAAAAAGGCAAACUGCCCAAGAACUAUGACCCCAAAGUGACCCCAGAUCCAGAAAGAUGGUUGCCAAUGCGAGAGUGAUACUACUACCGAGGAAGGAAGAAGGGUAAAAAGAAGGAUCAGAUUGGAAAAGGGACCCAGGGAGCCACUGCAGGUGCUUCAUCUGAACUGGAUGCAAGUAAAACUCUGAGCAGCCCACCCACCUCCCCCUGACCUGGUAAUACUGCAGCACCAUCUGCAUCUACAAGUAAUAUUAUACCCCCACGACAUCAGAAGGCAGCAGGUGCUCCAGCAACAAAAAAGAAACAGCAGCAGAAAAAGAAGAAAGGUGGGAAAGGUGGUUGGUGAUUAGGACACUUCUUGCAGGCUGUUUUGAAACUACUCAGUGAAGCUAGCAACAUAAUAAAGGUAAUAGCAAGAAGCACAGAACUGCUCCUUUCUCUUUCAUGUCCACAUUUUCAUCUGAUGAUUUUCUUGUGCUUCAAAAUAGGAAAAUGUCUUCAAACUGCCUAAGUCAGAUUUGACCUAUUUGUACCACCCAGCUUAAAAGAUGACAGGGACUCACAAUUUCACAAUAAUUGGCAUUUAUCCA